AUGGCUUAUGUUAAGCUCUCUCUUUUGCCUCUCUUCUUGCUUGCCACAUUUUUAUUAAUGUUCUCGAUGAAGGAUGUAGAAGCAGUUUGUCCAAUUUCUUGUUUUCUAUGGAAGCCACAAGGAUGUGGUGAUGGUUGUAAAUGUACCCCUAUUUCAUUGAAGUAUGGUGCCUGCAAAAAAGAAUCAUCUGAAGAUGUCACCAUGAUGGUAGAGAAACAUCCUAACUUAUGUGAGUCUCAUGCCGACUGCACAAAAAAGGGAAGUGGGAGUUUUUGCGCUCGUUUUCUAAACCCUGAGAUUGAAUAUGGAUGGUGUUUUGACUCUAACCCUCAUGCAGAAGCCUCGUUCAAGAAUGCACUUAGCUCUGAAUUCUCGAACUUGUUGAAGAUGCCGUCAGCAGUUUCCACUUAA